AUGAUGAGAGCCUUUCAAUUUGCCGAUGUUUCCAAAGGACUCGAGUUCAAAGACAUCCCCAUUCCUACCCCAGGGAAGGGCCAAGUGCUUGUUCAAGUCAAGGCCACCGGCCUGUGCCAUACGGAUUGCAAUGUAAUCUCUGGCAAGGAUGAUAUGCUUUUUUGGCAACGACCUAUAACACUAGGGCAUGAGAUCGCCGGGGAGAUUGUUACCCUUGGACCAGAUGUGACCCAGUUCAGCAUUGGUGAAAGAGUUGUUUCUGGACUUGGUGUCAGCCACCCUCUUACAAUUCAAGACGUGACCACUUCCCCUGGGAUUGGUUAUAAUGGUGGAUAUGCAGAAUAUGCAGUCUUCAAUGUCGCGAAAACAUUGCGGAUUCCUGACGGCGUGACUUUCGCUCAAGCCGCGGUAGCUACUGACGCCAUCGCCACGGCCUAUCAUGCAGUUAUGGUUGCGGGUCAUGCUGCUUCAUCUUCUACCAUUGCUAUCAUCGGCCUAGGUGGACUGGGCCUCUCCGCUGUUAGCAUUGCACACCUGGUGGGAGCAAAGGUGUACGGGAUUGAUAUCGACCCCACGAAAUACGUUGUUGCUCUCCAGUCUGGAGCGCUGAGGUGCGCUAAGAGCCUGGAUAGGUUUCCCGGGACCCAAUUUGAUGUGAUCGUGGACUUUGCUGGUGCAGGCGUUACUACAGCUGCAGCCGUGACGGCCGUGAAACCUGGUGGACGAAUCGUCCUGGUUGGCCUUGGGGCGAAAGAGGCGACUCUGUCAACUUAUGAUUUUGUUGCCCAGGGUGCCACUUUGGUAGGGUCCGCUGGGUCGUCUGUUGGAGAAGUCGAAGAGGUGCUUGAGCUUAUCGCCAAGGGAAAGAUCAAUCCUCUGAUGGAGGAAAUCCCCUUCAACGACAUUGCAAUGGGGCUUGAUAGACUCUCGAAAGGUGGCGUGUUGGGAAGGUUAUACGCUGAUCCGAGCAAAGCUUGA